UGCACUCGCUCGGCGGGCCAUGGAGGCGGUCGGCGGGGCUCGGGGCUCGGCGCUGGUGGUGCUGCUGGUGGUGCUGGUCGGGCUGGGAGGCGAGGCGGAGGAGCCGCGGUCGGCGAGGCAGCGGGGGGAUGAGCAGUGCCAUUACUACGCGGGAGGACAGGUCUACCCCGGGGAGGCGGCCCGGGUGCCCGUCUCCGACCACUCGCUGCACCUCAGUCAGGCCAAGAUCUCCAAGCCAGCACCUUACUGGGAAGGAACAGCAGUCAUUAAUGGAGAGUUUAAAGAGCUGAAAUUAACAGAUUAUGAAGGAAAAUAUCUUGUCUUCUUCUUCUACCCUCUCGACUUUACAUUUGUAUGUCCAACUGAGAUAAUCGCCUUCAGUGACAGAAUUGAAGAAUUCAGAGCAAUAAAUACCGAAGUAGUAGCAUGUUCUGUGGACUCAAAGUUCACUCACUUAGCAUGGAUUAAUACUCCUCGAAAACAAGGAGGACUUGGACCUAUGAAGAUUCCACUUCUUUCAGAUUUGACGCACCAAAUUUCAAAGGAUUACGGAGUGUAUCUGGAAGAUCAAGGGCAUACACUUAGAGGCCUUUUCAUUAUUGAUGAGAAGAGGAUCCUUCGACAGAUCACGAUGAAUGACCUUCCUGUUGGGAGAUCAGUGGAUGAAACUCUUCGUUUAGUACAAGCAUUCCAAUACACAGACAAACAUGGAGAAGUUUGCCCUGCUGGUUGGAAACCAGGCAGUGAAACAGUAAGUCACUGUUCAAAUUUAAAUGCAUGUACUACUAAAAACCACUCAAUUAUCAUUUCCACUAAAGCCAAAUCCAAGAUCUUUGCAACUUUCAAUGAGAUGAUAUGCGUAAACUCACAUUACUAUAGCUGCAGCUUUUGGAUUACUGCUGAUUUCAUUAGGAGCUCAUUUCCCUCACACUAGGCAUAUUC